UCUUUGCCCGUUUCUCCAUCUUAAAGAAUAUCCCAUGUUUGAUCGAACAUUUUCGCUUGUUCGGUUCACCUUCCAGAUCUCGUGUGGUGGACCCCACAAUAGAUGGACCGUGCCCCAAAAUAUCUAAUCCAUUGGAUAAUUUCAACUGAGAGGAUCCACCAAACGUCAGCCUAAAAUUUCUGUACCGUAAAUCCAGUAUCCUUGACAAAACACCCAGGCUCUAUGCACGAGUACGGUCUACCAUACUCCGGCGACGCAUGAUAUAAUUCCUCAUACCUAUAAAGCGAGCUUUCCGUUACAAGUCCCCAGAAUUUGUUCUCAGAAGCCUUUCACUGCUCGUGAGCUGAAGCAGAGAGAGGAAAGAGGAAAUAAGGAAAAAAAGAAAAAAACAAGAAAAAACUGCAGAGAAGAAGAUACUAGAAGAUAGAAGAAACCCUAACCCUAAUUUCUUCUUCGGAUUCGUUGGAUUCUUCUCUCGAUCACUCUCUGGGUUUAGGGUUGGUGACAUCACAAUCAUGGAUAGAUUUGAUGGUCCUGCGCGUCUCAUGAUUGUUUCAGAUCUCGACCAUACAAUGGUGGAUCAUCAUGAUCCAGAGAACCUCUCGCUGCUUAGGUUCAAUGCCCUGUGGGAAGCGAAUUACCGUCAUGAUUCUCUGCUAGUGUUUUCAACUGGAAGGUCACCUACACUUUACAAACAGUUGAGGAAAGAGAAACCCAUGUUAACCCCAGAUAUAACUAUAAUGUCUGUGGGAACUGAAAUAACCUAUGGUGAAUCGAUGGUGCCGGAUGAUGGGUGGGAGAACUUUCUGAAUCACAAAUGGGAUAGAAACAUUGUCACUGAGGAAACAGCCAAGUUUCCACACCUUAAAUUUCAGUCAGAGACAGAACAGCGGUCACACAAGAUUAGCUUUUAUGUUGAGAAGGAGCAUGCCCAGGAAGUGAUAAAAGCUCUUUCGGAACGUCUGGAGAAACGUGGGUUAGAUGUAAAAAUAAUUUACAGUGGAGGAAUGGAUCUGGACAUCUUACCACAAGGUGCUGGCAAAGGACAGGCUCUUGCAUAUUUGCUGAAAAAAUUCAAAUCCGAUGGAAAACCACCUGCAAACACUCUUGUUUGUGGUGACUCUGGCAAUGACGCGGAACUUUUCAGCAUUCCAGAAGUUCAUGGUGUUAUGGUCAGCAAUGCCCAGGAAGAAUUAUUGCAGUGGCAUGCAGAGAAUGCCAAAGACAACCCUAAUAUAGUUCACGCGUCUGAAAAGUGUGCAGCUGGUAUUAUACAAGCUAUUGGUCAUUUUAGGCUUGGUACGAAUACAUCUCCAAGAGAUGUUAUAGACUUCUCAAGGCUCCAGCCAGAGAGCCCCACUCCUGGACAUGAAGUAGUAAAGUUUUACAUGCUGUAUGAGAGAUGGUGCCGUGCAGAAAUUGCAAACUCUGAGCAGCAUAUCCAACACUUGAAAAAUAUCUGUCAUCCAUCUGGAGUCAUUGUCCAUCCUUCAGGAACCGAGCGCUCUCUUUAUAGUUGCAUAGAUGCAUUGGGUUCAUUUUAUGGUGACAAACAAGGAAAGCAGUUCCGGAUAUGGGUGGAUAGAGUUUCAUCAGCACAGAUUGGGUCAAAUGUGUGGCUAGUGAAGUUUGAUAAGUGGGAAUUAUCUGAUGAAGGACGUCAAUGUUGUCUUACUACCAUUUUACUAGAUUCGAAGCCUGAGGCAUCGAAGGGGUUUGCUUGGGUACACAUACAUCAGACAUGGUUGGACGGAUAUCAAGCAAGAGUUCCAACAUCAUGGCUUUUCUAGAUGCUGUCGAUUUCUGGGCAACAAAUAUCUGGUAAAACCAUGGAUAAAAUAAAUCGGUAUCCUAUGCUAAUUUUGAACUGAUCAAUUGAUUAAUAUGUUGAGAGUGAAAAAUACCUUCAGAGGAUUGUGUUUUUAUGUUAAUUUUGUUCAAUCUAUUUUCGAGGAUCAUAUAUCGUGUUGGAGACAUUACAAGCAAUGGAUAAGAGAAAUGAUCUGAUCCUCAA